CGCCCACAUCCCGCCAUACCAACGCAGAGAUCAUUCACCUUCUCAUCUUCUUCCUUGAAGAAAAAGCUUUUGAAAUCAAAAGGCGAGGGGUCCUGUAUCGAAAUUGGUGCUUUGUAUCAAGAUACAGCGGGAAGAGAAUGGAUUUUAGUUGUGAUAUAAAGAAAAUGAAUGUAGAAGGUGAUCGACUAAGUAGCUUGCCAGAUGAUCUUAUUCAUAAAAUCCUAUCUUUCGUUAGCAUCAAACAUGCUGUUGAAACCAGUGUUUUGUCAUCGAGAUGGAGGUUUAUAUGGACUGCAAUGCCUUAUCUCAAUUUCUUUAGUGAGGAAUUCCCUUCGUUGCCCGAGUUCUCAAAAGCUGUUACCAGUGUUUUGUCUGGCCGCAAUGAUCAAAUAGAAGUGGCAUCUCUGAUGCUUAGUCUUCAUGAGGGGGUUAGUAGGGGAUUUGCCAAAAGAGUUAUGAACUAUGCAUUUGCCCACAAUGUCCAAGAUAUGACUAUUACAUGCCUGAUUGAGAAGAAGAUUAGAUUCCCUCUUUCUCUCUUUCGUUCACGGUCCCUCAAACAUCUCACGUUACUCGGUUCCAUUGAUCGUUCGGUUGCACCAACUUGGGAGCUCCCAGCCUUAACAACAUUACGUCUUGGGUAUGUCACAUUGUAUGAUGAAGAUGAAGAUGAAGACGAAGACGAAGACGAAGACGAAGAAGAAGAAGUUGUUGAUGAUGAUGAUGACAAUAACAAUAUUAUCUCUAUGUGUCCAAACUUGAAGAUUCUCACUUUAGAUGGCUGCAAAAUAAUGGGAUCGAUCGCUUUCAGUAUUUGUCAUCCUCAACUCUCUAAUCUCACACUUAAAAAUGGAGGAUGGGGAUGGAAUUUAUUCCAUGUGGAUGUACCUCAACUCAAGAUUCUCACUAUUGUAAAUUGUGAUUGGGUGCAUCUUUCUACACCUGAACUUACCUCCUUUAUAUAUAGAAGUGGUUAUUCUUUGAACUUCUCAACAGACAACUUAUCUUCUUUGGAGGAGGUAGAUCUUUGUAUACACAAACCUCACGAGAUAGAAGCUCAUGCUAUAGUUGGUCGACUUCAGCAGUUCCAUAAUGUCAAAUAUCUUACCCUUAACAUGGAAAUUUUAGAGGUCCUCACUUCCUCAGUGGAACUAAUCUCAAAUCAACCUUCUCCGUUUGCUAACUUGAGGAGUUUAAAGAUUCAUCCGGUGAACAUACAAUUGGAGGGGCAAGCACAAAAGAAAGUGGUCGUGUCUGAUUUAGUAAAAAAUUAUUUGCUCGGUUGUUCUCCAAGUGCCUCGUUCACAAUGAUUACACGCGAGAAGAUUAAAGCGAGUGACGCAACACUGGCACAACAUCUUAUGGCAGAACUACGGUUGAAGCUAGAGCGCGAUAAAGCUAACAUUAACUGGGCUGAUAUGGUGCAAAGGAAAGAACCGAUCAAGAAUUACAGGGAAGAUCUGACAAAGCAGAGCCAGCGUGAGACAAAAAAGAUUUGUGACAUCAUUUCAAAGUUGCAGCGCAUUGAAGGGUUACUGACAAAGCUGCCGACAUCAAACAGGGCUAAAAUGCAGUUAGUAUUUGAUAGUUUGUGCGCGGAAGCUAACUUUGUCAUAAAGAAAAUAGAUCGUUCAAAUACCCAAGGGAGCCUUUUAAGUGUCUGCUCUGAUGCACUUGCUAAAGCAUUGUAGCGGUCUUCUUAGCAAAUAUAAGUUCUUGAUUUUGCAUAGCUUGCAAGUGUAACUUGGAAUGGUAAGUUAUAUAAAAAUAGUUUAUAAGGUUAUCUGCAUCACUUAGUGACUCUUCGGCUAAUAUUACACGUAUAUGUUGGGUUCAGGAACUAAAAAUAACCCGAGAAUGAAGAAUAUCACUUCAAAAACUCUUUUGUUUGUUGGUUUUAGCCUGUCGGUUAUUUUGUACUAGUUCCGAACUUAUUUUGUGAUGGUUAUGUUUGUGCUGGUUUCGAAACUAUA